GUUAUCGAAACGUCUAGCACAAUGAACGAAAUUCAUUUGUGAUUUUGCUCUCGCUAGUGUUGCUCUCGCAAUUUUCGCUGAAAAUACGGUCUUUACCAGAAAUCUGCAUGACGCGCGUUUUGUUCGAACGCAACCAGAAUAAAAAAUCCUUCAAGGUUUGGCAAAAAAUGUCCGUUGUCCCCCAAGGGGUUUUCGCCGCACGUAAGAUACGCCAAAAUGAAAGAAAUCUUAAGAAUUAUAAUCACGAUUCUUAUCUAACCCCGACUAAGUACAGCAGUAAAUACAUGAACAGCAUCUGGGGGAUGUACAACCGGUAUUCGGUUCACAAUCUCAAGAAAAACAUGGACUUUUUCGCUUUCGGGGGCCAAAAGGAACAGUCGGUUGAAGCGCAUUCAACCGACUUGAAAACCCUUUUGGCAAAGCCCGACGUGAUGUAAUUGUUGUCUCAAUAAACUGUUGCAUUAUA